AUGGAUAAGGGAGGUUGUGGUGAUUAGAAGAAUAUAUUAAUUGUAUUACACGGGGAUUUAAAAAUAAAUAACUAGAAAAACCUUAGUGAUGGUCAUCAAAAUAAUGCCAGCACUGGUAAUAGUAAUAUUGGGGUGGUGGAAGAGAAGACAAGCGAAGAUCUUUAGCAACAACAACAACAACAACAAAUACAACUUCAAACAUUAACAACAUUAUCAACAAUUACUUCAUCUUAAUUAUCGGAAUUAUGCUGGGAGGUUUUUGAUCUGCAAAACAAAAAAAGUCUUACGGAUGUUCAAUCUAUCAAGCAGGAAGAUUUUAAUUUGUAGAGUAUUUAAAGCUAUAUUCAAGAUAUUUCUUAAGACCCUACAAUAUAAAUUUCAUUUUUAAUUUCUGAUUCAUAACUUUAUUCUGUUUUGUAAGGGAUGAGUAAUUUGAACUGGAUUUACAAAUAUGAGAUAUUUGACAUCUUACAUUAAGCAGAGUUAAUAUUUUCUGAUAAAAAAGAUUCCAUAAAAGACUUGAUUAAUUACUUCUCAUUUUAGAAUGAUUAGUAAACAGCUUAAAAAUCUGAAACUUUUUAGACAGCUACGUUAAUAUCUAAAAUUGUCUCUAUUAUGCUCAGGACAACUAUCCCUUUCAAAGAUCCACUGAAUUAAGAAAUUUUGAAAUUAAAGAAUCAGAACCUGACUUCUAAGAUGGAAAACAAAGAAUCUUAAAAAAAUAUUUUAUAAAGUCCUUAAUUAAAAAUUAUAAGAUAGUCAAGUGAAAGCUCAAAUUAGAGACAAAUUAUAGAUAAAGAAGAGCUAUGGAGUGAUCCAAAAGGCUUGCUUAUUAAUGGUGGUUCACAUUAUUUCUUGAAACUUAGAGGGAUACCUUAUAAUGCAAAAGAGUCAGAAGUUUAAGACUUUUUAGGUUUAACAUUAGACAAGUAUCAAAUGGUUUUUAAAUAUGAUAAAAAUGAAAAAUUUACAGGAGAAUGCUUUAUUAAAGCAAAGGAUCAAGAUCAAUUUGAUAAAAUAAAAAGUAUGCAUAAAAAAACUAUGAAAAAUAGGUAUAUUGAGAUAUUUGUAGCUGAUAAAAUUGAAUUUGUUUAAGCUUAAGAAUCAUAAAAUAUGAAUGAUAGUAACUUUUACUUAACUGAAAAAGGUAAUUCAUCUAACUUAGGGCAUGGAUUAGGACAACUAAUUACAUCCUCAAGUAAGAAAGAAAGUGAUAAUUAGAUUAAAGAUAGAAAGAAGGCAUCUAGAAGAGAUGUAUCGAGAAGUAGAAGCUCCAGAAGUAAAGAAAAGACUUCUAAAAGUAGCAGCAGAAAAUCUAAUAGCUUUUCCUCAUCUUCUUCAUAAUCAUCAUCUUCACAUAUUAGGACUUAAGACAGCUAAAGUGAUAGUAAAUAUUCUAAGUCUGGUAGUAGAAGUGAUUCUUAUCAUUAUCUAAGGCUAAGGGGACUUCCCUUCAAUGCCAGAGAAGCUGAAAUCUAAUAAUUUUUAGGAAUAAGUUUAGAAUAAGAUUAAAUUACUUUUAAGCAUGACAAUGAUGGCAGAUUUAGUGGUGAGUGUGUCAUUAGAACUAAGGAUCAAAACUAACUAGACAAAAUAAAAGAUAAGCACAUGAGAAAUAUGGGUAAGAGGUAUAUUGAAGUAUUUGUUGCUGAAUAAAGUGAUUUUGUUCGUGCUUAAGAUUCUCAAAUUAUUGAUGAUUAAAAAGUUGGUAUAUCCUAAAUUAAUUCACAAAUAGACCCAAAUCUUCUUUAGAGUGCAAACAUUGUUAAAAUAAGAGGUUUACCAUAUAAUGCAACGGACUAAGAUAUCUAAAAAUUCUUCAAAGAUUCACAAAUUGUUCAAAAUGGUAUUUAAAAAGUCUAUGAUGGAAAAAGACCUUCAGGUGAGGCUUUUAUUAUAUUUGCUACAAAGCAGGAUGCUCAAAAAGCUAUAGAAAAAGAUAAAGAAAAAAUGGGCAGUCGUUAUAUUGAAAUAUUUUUGAGUCACUUAAAAGAAUUUACUAACCACAUAAAAAAGAGAAAAUCCUACUCUGGAAGCAAUGGCAAUUCGAACGGAGGCUCAAGCUCUUCUAAUUCAUCUAAUAAGUUUUCAAAUCACGGAAAUAACGGAAAUCGCUACGAUAAACAUUCUAACAGCUCAGGGGGAUUUUCAAAUCAUAAUAAUCAUGGAAGAAAUAAUAAUAACGAAGGCAGGUUCAAUAACCAUCACUCUAGAUACAGUAACUCACCUCACCGUAAUUAUGGUAACAACGGAAAUAACCAUAAUAACUCCUAAAACGGAUCAGGUUUUUAUAAAAAAGGAAAUGGAUAGACAAAUGGAAAUUAUGAUCGUAACGCAAAAGGUUUUUAGGAAAAUUAGUAUUCAUCUAAAUUUUCAAAUAAUGAAGAGAAAUUUAGCAACAUGAAUCAUAGCAGCAGCAGUAGUAGUAAAGGAUACUCGAAUAACUACAAUAAUAAUUAAAAUUAAAUGCAUAGUAAUAAUGGUAACGGUAAUCAUAAUUAUGGAAACAGAAAUAAUAGCAAUUAUUAAAACGAUUUUAGUAGAAAUUUUAAAAACAAAGGGAAGGAAGACUAAGGAAAAUACAGUGGAAGCAAUAAGUAAUAUGAUAAUAACUAAUUUAAUUAAUCUUAAUAACACAAUUAAUAUUAACACCAAUCUUAGUCAAACCAUAACUAGCAACAAUAGCCUUACAGUAAGAAUUAAGGAGGACCUUAAACUUAAAAUGAUGGUAAUUAUUAUGGAGGAAAUUAUGAUUACCAAUACUAAAAUUAAUAAUAAAAUAAUUCUUAAUAAAUGAAUUAACAUUAAUCUUCAUCUGGAUACCAUUAAGAAAACAAUUAGCUUAACAAAAAUUAUAAUAAUAACUCAAAUGAAAAUUAAUAAUAUUCUCACCAUCAACCUAGCUAAUAGUAAAGCUACUAUAAUAAUAACUCUAAUUCAGGCUAAUAUCAUUAAUAAUAAUAGUAGUAUUAAAAUUAAUAGUAUAACUAAAAUAACUCUUUUGAUCCUUAGCAUCAACCAAUUAAUUAUAGUUAGUAUAGCAAUUAAAAUAACCAUAAUUAAUAGAAUUAUCCUCCUAACAACUACUACGGUUAAAAUUAACAAGAUCACCAUUCAUAGUAGCAGAAUCAUUUAAACAUAGGUUAAUAAGGUCAUCCUUUAAAUACGAAUGGAUCUCAAAACUCUCAACCAUAAUACUACCAACAAAAUAUGUUUGACAUUCAACACCAACAACAAUAAUAGCAAUAUCGCUAUUACUGA